CGGAUUUGAAAUAAAUUUAAGGAAAUCGAAUUUUAUAAAAUAUCUAUGCUUAUAUUUAAUAUUUAAUAAUUUGUGUAAGUAUUUUUAUACAUUUUAAUAAUAUAAAGUAUAAGAAUCAAUAGGCGAAAUAAAAUACCCGAUUUUUAAGUUUUUCCCGAAAUUCCUAAUGGCAUAUCAUAAGACCAGCACAAAAGUUUCAUCAUUCCCAUACUAUAAUUUCAAUUGAAAGCAAAUAUAGUUAGAAAUUAUAGAAGUUUAAGAAUAAUAUAACUAAUGUUAGAUUUUAUUUUGUAUAAAAAGCAUUAUUUGUAAAAUUAUACUUGUAAUUAAGAUGUAAAAAUGCUCUUUAUCCCAUUAAUGUUGGGCAUUUACUUUUAGUUAACAUGAUCUUGUCGUACUUAUGACAGUCAGUCACGUAAUUUUGGUAUAAUGAUUAAAUACAAAAAAAAAUUCUUGGUGGCUUAAAUGACUCGCAAAUCGAGAGCAUUAUCUUUUCUUGAAUUCAACCACGAGGUAAAACUAAUAACCGGUUUUUCCACAAUCUUAAAUAAAUUUAAUUGUUUUUUUGUUUUUUUUUUAAAAAAAACAUAACUGCUCAGCUAUUGUUUAUUCAAACGGCACAAAAUUUAAAGUUGACAUCUUUAACAUUUAAUAAGUUGUAGUUUUUUCCAAUCCAUAGUUUCGGAAAAAUGUAACUUAAUAAAGGGAAAAAAAAUGGAACUUUAAAAAAAAAAAGCAAAGGUCUUAUCAAACAAUAGUCAAGAAAAUUAUUAGAUAAAUAAUUUAAGAUGAAUGUGUGACCUAUUUGUUUGACCACUAAUUGAACUUUCAAGGGCGAUGAAAAUUUAGUAAAAAGUGUGUGUGUUGGGGUGGGGGUACAUUUUAAUAUGAAUAUCUCUAACGUAGUGUCUAUUCCGACCCAGCGACCAGAGGUGAGAGGUUGGGAUUUAAAAAAAAAAAGUUAAUGGUAUUGUUGGAUUUUGUAAGAUAAACUUUGGUAUCGAUUGAAAGAUUGUUAAAUGGACUAUAUGUUUGUAAACUUAGUUCUUCAGUUAAAGUAAAAUAAACUACCUCAAAUGACAUCCGAACAGCCUUUAGUCAAAAUGGAACCUGAUAUGCAUCGAUUAGAAUAGCGAAAGAGAGUUGACAUUAAAUGGUAGCUUCUAGCAAAAUAUUUUUGCAUAUUAGAUAUUAUGUGUCUAACGUUUCACACGCGAUUCAUUAUUAUAUCAUAAUAUAUACUCUUUUAAUUUUUUUUAUUUUUAUUACUUUUUUAGGUAAUUAAAAAGAAAUUAGAUGCUUAUAAUUAUUUUAAAUUAAUCAUGAAACACCGAUUUACUCUAGUUGGUUAUUUAUUAAAUCCCUUCCAUCGGUCAAUAAAAUGUUCAAUGCAAAUUUUGGUUAAAAAGCAUCCGAGUCCCUAGAUUGUAUGCAUCAACUCUACAGCUUAUAAUAAUAAUAAUAAUAAUAAGGGGUCUUAUAUAGCGCGGUACCCCAGCCUAGGGCUGGGCUCACCGCGCUGUACUUACACAUUUUAUCAAAAGAGACAUAGACAUGACAUUAAAAUAAAAUACAUUUAUGAAAUAAAAAAACAGCAAAAAAAUGUAUAUUCACCCACCCCACCACAAAUGACCGCUGCGGCUGUGGAGUAACUAGAUUUUGUGAGACGCAAGGUGGUCGUUGACUUCGCCACAACCCCCCCAAAAAAAAAAAAAAAAAAGAACGAUAAAUAAAAGUACACGUAGCUUUAAUUCAUAUUAUACAGGACAUGAAGUGGUUUAAAAAGUUCGCGCACUAUAAGGAAAACGGAUUUGAAACCAAAACAAAAAAAAACCCUCCUUAAAAAAAAGAACAAUUUUAGGAAUUACCAGUAGCUAUCAAGCUUAUAAGUUCCUCUUUCACUUCGACUUAUCUGUACGAUUACAGACGUGUACAAUUUGUUUUCAAUUUCAAUUUUAUAAAUAUUUCAGAGGAUGCAGUGACAUUUAAGAUCGUAUUUAUUAUAAAUGUGGGUUACUCUUUAAAUAAACGUUUUAAACAAAUACAUUUUAAUCAUUAUUAAAACGUUCUAUUAUCAAGGGUUUAUCAAUGGAUUGGAAAGUUGUGAGUAAUCACUUGAUCAUGGACGACAAGUAUUGUAGCCACGAAGAUGAACUACGUGUAAGUAUCUCAUAUUAAAACUUUUUCCCAACAAAUUUUUUUAAUUUUCUAAUAAUUCCUUUUGGGUCGACAAUUUUCAAAUAAAUUAAUCUCUCAAUUCACUUUAACGGAAUGGUUACUGUUUAAGUAAUGUUGCAGUAAUAUUCUAAGACAUCUGUCUGUCAAUGAAUUUUACAAUUGUUUAUAGAAAUGUAGAAUCGUUCCAAGUUAGCAAUAUCGUAAGAAAAAUAAUGGCAAAAUUUAAAAUUCCUAAGCGAUUUUAAACCGGCUUUCUGAGUUAAUUGAGAUAAUAAGUGGGGAAUAGCUGUCUACACACGGCUGCACUGUUGUUGAGUUAAUUGUGCUUAAUUGGUAGCUGCGGCGAUUGAAAAUCUGACGGCUUGUAUUUAUUAAAUUUGUAAAGAGAGAAUGGGGCUAAUUGAGAAAGAUCUCAAAGUAUAAUAUAGAUUUGAUUCGUAUAAAUUUUAAGAUUUAUAUUCAUUAUCAAAAUAUAGAUUUAGGAAUUUGAUUCGACUCUCAACAACAACUAUAUUGCAAACACACACACACACACGCAAUUACUCACACAUUCAUAACAAUGUUAUAAACUAAUAGAAAGUUGAUAAAAGUAACUAAAUAUUAAAUAGAAAAAUCGAAUCAAAUAACGGAUGGAUAAGUGGACGGUCAUAAAUGAAUGGUUGGACAGAUCGGAGGGUCCGCAGUUCGCCUGCUCUUCAUUUAAUGGAUGAAUCGAAGUGUUGAUUGUGUUGCUGGAUGUGUGUGUUUGGAUAAGUGAAAGGGGGAAGGGGGGGGGGCUGAAAGUAAUUUUUAUAAUAUAAGAAAAACAUUAAUUGCAAAUUGUCAAUUUUGUAAUUUUUUAAAACAUGGUAUUUUAUUAACUUUUGGGCCCGCGUUUUGUAAGAAAUGUAAUUAAAUUUAAUAAAUGAUGAAGUCAAUGGAGUUUUAUUUUUAAAUGCUAAAUUUAAAAAUGGAUAUUAUUUUUAUUUUUCACGUAAGAAUUAAACUUCGUAUGUUUCAGUUGAAUCAGCAUGUUGACUAUCAAAAUGUGGAAGCUACAACAUCUAACUUUUCAGGUAACAGCUUUGUUUUAACUAGUUGGCCUACACGACAAACUCACUCCCCACGUAGCACAUUAGGGAUAAUACGUGCUAUUUUUCUCGACUGUUCAUUGUCAUUUUUAUGCCUUAUAAUCACUUUACAAUGUAUACAAUUUUAAAAUACAUUUUUAAAUUUGUUUUUAUUGUUAAAAAAAAGAACUAUAUUUUUUUUUUCUUUUUCCCAGUGACGCUCAAGGACAAAGUCCGGGAAGAAUACGAGGAAGGUCUAACGGAUGUGUACACUUCACUCAUCAAGGACACAUUCGAAGAAAACCUUAAACUGAUUUGUGCGUUAAAUAUAGAAGUAUCGACUGAGUCUAACGAGGACAUUGAAGAAGAGUUUAUCAAAGUACUCGAUGGCCUAACUGUAACAGUUAGCUUUAUAAUUUCAAAAAUGCUCAAAUUUGAUGAGAAAAGAGUUAUUGGCCGCGUGUGUAAUGUUUAUAAAUAUACAAUUAGUGACAAUAAAGGCACAUGUCUUUGUCAGAAGUGUCAACACUCUGAAAAACCAAAGAUAGAAUGGGGGAAAGUGAUGAUCUUGACAAAAGCACAUCAUGUUGUUUCUGAUGAUCUGGAAGAGAUAGAAACCACGCGAAUUGUUUUGAGCGACGCUCGAGAUGGCCGCCCAGUGACCCUCGAUGCCGUGUCCAUCAAGAGAUCAAACCUGAACGAUGAUUGGUUGGAAGUGGAAUGUGUGUCAUGUGACAUUGGCUUGCUGGAUUCUUUACGGACGAUGCAAAACCGUUGCUCUAUGCUUUGGAAAAUUAUAAACACAAAAUAUAAAAAUAUUAAAGAUGGCGAUUCCAAAUAUUUUGCAACUCUUCCUUACAACAUGGACAACAGAUUUUACAACAAAAAUGUAACCAACAAACAUGGACCAACCGUUCAGUCGAAGCGGUCUUUUCGUCAAUGUUUCACCUUUGAGGGGUACGUCUUGUUUCAGAUUGAUUUAAGUUAACAUAAACCCUUUUGUCAGCUUAACCAAUGUUUUUUUGUUUUUUAAGCAAUAAAUACAAUUUUGAAUCUCACUGUCUUAAAUCGAAUAAACGUUUUUUAAUGAGACACUGCUAUAAGCAUACGUCACCACUGUAGAUUCAUACCAGUUACUUUCAAGUAGAUGGGAUCCUCUAUGCAAAAUAUAUAAAAGCUGAUAAUAUUUAGAUUGUUGGGAUGAUUAUUACCAUCCAUUUAACUGUUCACGACAUUUAUCAUAGAUCCCUGCAUACGUAAAGUUGAUAUUCAUGUUCAAUUAUGCGGUCAUUUUGGUAUGAUUUGCAAUUUGUUUAUUUGGGUUAUUAUUAUCUAAACGAUUUGCCAUGUCAUUUAAAGUUUGUUUUAAGCUUGUUAUGAUCUAUUAAAACACAACCACAUUUCAAGAUGAUGUUCUUGACGUUUCAGGUUUUCUUUCAUUGUAUCAUUUGCGUCAUUGAUAAUAGCGGUCAUCUCAAUUGCUACUGUGUGUGUCAAGAUAAGGAACGCUGAGGUAAUGAUGCCAUUGUGGAAUAACACUAUAUUUUUAGUCAUAAUAUGGUGAGGCUGCUUCCAGCUGUGCGAAGACAUAUUUUAAGACCAAGAUUGGAUAUGUAUGAAAUAUAGAACUAAUGGAAUGAUCGUAAAGAGGCUACAGAGCCCAAAAUACCAGUUGAAUCUUUCGAUCUGCAUAUUGAUCAAUCCCACCGAUUUCAUAUAUUUAUAAAUUACCAGUUUUUCUAUAACUUUUGUCACUUUGAACGAUAAUACUAUUUGGAAGUACAAUAAAAAGAACCUUAUUGUUGAGCGCCAAAUGGGAACCAAAAUGUUAUUGUAGUCUAACACCCCGCCCUUCACCCACAAAAAACAUGCUAAAAAAACAAGAAAACAAGUUUUUUAAUAAGUUAGUAAUUACUUUAUAUAAACAUACAUAUAUUUAUUUUAAUUAACGAUAUGUUUUACCGAUGCAUUUUCAGUAGCAUCUGAUUCAAUUAUUUGAAAGUAGGCACAACUUUAUUUAGAGUCGUUUCAUUGAGUUGUUUAUUUUUACUGAUCCAAUGCAUCAUUCAGUUCCGAUCUGAUGACUUCAUCUCAGCCUCAGCAAAAAAUAAGAUUUGUUUAUCUUGCACUCAUUCUUCACUGUUUGGGAAACUUGAAGAAAUCAACAAGAUGUUGGAAGAAGUAACCAGAGCUACCCAUGACACCCUAGAGGUACGCCAAAGCCAUGUUAGAAUGUUCUCUUUCGUGUCAUUAAAAAAUUAACCUAUAAUUAUGUCGAUAUUGUCGAUGAGGAUAUGAUAAAGAUUGCGGUGCACUCUGAAACUGUUGGUUUCGAGGGGGAAAAACAACAACAGCACUAACAGCGACAGUGUUGUAUCAAGCGAUAACAAGACGUUCGGGAGGUUAAUAGACAUAAUCAGUUAUUUUACUGGAGAAAUUAUGGGCUUAUCUUAUUCAAAGUCAUCGAGAUAACUCGUUCCACUGAAUUGGCUGUGAGGAAAUAUUCAGCACGUAACAUAGUCAGUUUGUUGGUUGACCGGGGGGGGGGGGGUAUUUUUUUUUUUUAAUUUUACGUUUAACACAUUAACUGAAAAUUAGGAUUUUAAUUUUUUACGAUAACAUAGUCAGUUUGUUGGUUGACCGGGGGGGGGGGUAUAUUUUUUUUUUAAAUUUACGAUUAACACAUUAACUGAAAAUUAGGAUAUUAAUUAUUUACGAGUGUAUCUUGAUGUUGUUUCGGGAAGAGGGUACAUUUACUUUGGUUUCGUGUUAUUUUAUUUUUAACUUUUGAACAUUUUAAUUUUUUUAACGAUCUUAAACCAUUCCUAAAUUUCAGAAUUCAGUUCAGCCACAGAACACAAAAUGUAAGUAAUUUAUGUGAAUUAGGUGAUAGUAAUCUAUAUUGUGCACCUAGGUUUUAAGUUUUUAAAAAAAUGACUUUAAAAAAAAAAUAAAUAUACGAUCAUUAACAGUCGAUUCCUUUUUAUUGGUUGUUUUAAGUGAUCCAUAAUCUAACACUUUUCUCAAUCGAUAUUUUUUAAGGUGUCAAGAAAAUGUGAAGAAAAUAUUAAUAUAUGUAAUGCACUUUAUAUAGUGUCUUAUUGUAUUAUUUACUUUCCUUUAAUAAAUUAUUAUUAUUUUGUAUUUAUAAAAUGUUCGUACACAUUGUCACUGUUUAAGUAAGAACAAGAUGUUUCUAGCUUGUAUAAAAUAUAUAGAAUGUAUUUACUCUCUCUCUCUCCACAGCGCAUACUCCAUCAAGCGCUCACAUACACCUUCAAUCACCACCUAAAAUGCCAGGAACUGAAGGUGACAACGGUACGUCAUGUUGCAGUACAUUCAUUUCAAAAUAAAUAUUGAUGAGUCACAAUAUUACAUUUUAUUUUCUUCUUGUAGAAUUAAUUUUUUAUGCAAUAAAAUAAUAAAUUAAGGCUAUUAAUCUGACAGGUCUUAUCAAUAUUUAAAAAUAUGUUUUUAUACAUGUUGUAAAAUACAUGUAGGCAUACUUAAAAAAAGAUCGGACAUCCAACAACAUACCACUUCAAAUCAAGAACUUGUACAUGCUGUAAAAAAAAAAAAAAAUUGUUUGAUAAAUCCCAUUUUUCGUCUCAGAGCCAAACUUCAGCAACAAAGACCACAUUGAGGCCAAGUUGCAGGUACCGUCUGAUGAUUCAGGCGCUAGUCAACACGCUCGCGGCAUUCACGUCGGCGACAACGGCAUUCACAUUUUAUACUCAGGUAGGACUGAUGAUAUAUUUCAAUAAGGUUAUUUAAUGUAAAACAGAAGCUUUAGCUAAAAGCAUGUAUUUUCCCCAUUUAAAUCAAAGUAAAUUAUUGUUUAUUUUGAAGUUUUUGUUGCCUUUACUUUGAAGUUAACAAUACAUCUUUUUAUUUUAUAUAUAUAUAUUUUUUGGCUGUAGCAAUGUUUUCUUUAAAAUUCACAUAUUUUCCAGGACUCUACUACAUCUACAGCAAGGUUGAUUUUAAAACGAACACAACAAAGCCUUCAUCAGAAUUCGCUUACCAGGUAGGAAUGGAUGAAAUUGAUAAAAUUGUGUACAUUUAAUUUCAUAUCAAAAAUGUUUCAAAGAAAAUGUAAAAAUUAAGCAAUAUUACAUUAACUUAUUUAAUUCAUUGAUAUAUUAUAAAACCUUGCUCUUGUUUUAUAAUCAGUGAGUAUUUAUCAAUGUAAUUUGAAAUGUAAUUACUGGUGUGUAAAGCUGGCCUGCCGUCAUUCUACUCUUCUUGUGCGAGUAUAUAUUAUUUCUAUUUGUUUACAAUAAAGCUUGAAGCAACUGAUAAAAUAAUUGGAACAAUUCUACUCAUUAGAAAAAACAUUUGUUCUUACUUAUAGAAGCACUCCGACGCAUCGAGAUACAUUUUUCUUUUUUUUCACAUAGUCAGGAUUUUAUUCUGCACUCUUAAAACAUUUUCGUCUUUUCAAAAUCACAUUCUUAUUGCACAAAGGAUUUUAUUUUUAUAUUACACUGCUCAUUUCCCUUUUCGUGGACUUGAAGCAAUAAGUUUAUGUAAACGUUUCGUUUGUUUGUUCUUCCAUACACCAGACCUGGUUUCAUUACGUUCAUCGGAUAAGCCCCAACAGUCCAAUGAACAGCGGGGUGUUGCUGAGGACUGUGUUCACAGCGUGUCCGUUCUGCAAUCGAAUUGACGAGUCUGGCUUCACAGGUUUGUAGAGAUUUCUUUUUUUUUUUUUAACGUGUCGUUCUCUCUCUCUCUCUCUCUCUAUCUCUCUUUCUCUCUCUCUCUCUCUUUCUUUCUUUCUUUCUUUGAGAGAGAGAGAGAGAGAGAGACUCUCUCUCUCUCUCUCUCUCUCUCUCUCUCUCUCUCUCUCUCUCUCUCUCUCUCUCUAUAUAUAUAUAUAUAUAUAUAUAUAUAUAUAUAUAUAUAUAUAUAUACGUAUGUCGUAUUAUAAUACAAUUUACAACCGAUUAAUUAAGAAAAAAGUAUUUAAAUGUAGGGAUUUUUAUGUGCGUUAUGAAAAUUUCCGAGCAAGAUUAAGGCAAUUAGCCAAUCGCUCCCGUUUUAGCCCAGGUAUGAGAUGUAACAAGCGUAAGUUUUGUUCGUUUUUAAAGCAUCUUUGAAAACAUCCUCUAGUCACUUGGGUCGUAAUCAGUUUAGUUAUCCAUGUUUUUUAAAGGUCAUUAUGUAGGGAUUUUAGUACUAAACUAAUACCCAACCCUUAACCUCGAUGUUAUAUUGUCGUAUAAUAUUAAUAGCAAAAAAAAGGUUCAAGCUUAAUUUCUAUGCUGACUGGUUGAACAUCUGAGCAAAUCUCCGAUUUUGUUGACUGAAUAAACAACUGUGGUUUAUUAAUAAUGCGCCGAUGGUAGGCGUCUCUGAUGACGAUAAGAAAACACUUAAGAUAAUCGGCUAACGUAAGAGACCGAUAAUUAAACUGAAGACACAAUAAAGUGCAGAUUUUCAGUGUCACAAUAACCCUCUUGUUAAAAUGCAUGACGUAUCUAAUCGAGCCAGUGCCAAAAGAUGUAAUUAUUACGUUCUAACCUUGUCAUCCGACUUCUAUGUAACACAAUUCUUUUGAAAAAAAUCUAUCGUUACACGCCUCAUGUACUCACCAAAGGACUCUUUUCAAUAUGCUACAUUUGUAAGUACACGCAUGACGAUACAUAAUUACUUUAAAAAAAUCAUGUUCAGAGCUUACACCGCGAAAGGGCAGAGCGGUGGAUUCAAAGUAGAAUGGUUAAAGCAUCGUAUAGCUCUCUUAGGCGGACAGCACUUCGGUCGUCACUCAUUUAUCGCUCUCAAUCAGUUCCAGACUCGGCCGCGAUACAUGAAUUUCCGAGAAGAAGGGUUCUUUAUUUAUAAAUAGAAUACAUUCGUAGAGUUGGAGCUUAGAAAACCUGUUCACUACCCUCUGAAUACGGCUUUUAAAAUUAUUAGACAAUUGGGGCGGUGGGGGGGGGGGGCUCGAGCACAUAAGUCUAGAGUCGCCACGUACAGCAAUUUUGAUAGUAAUACUGACUCAGACGAUCCAGUGCGAGUUCACUACCCUCUGAAUACGGCUUUUAAAAUUAUUAGACAAUUGGGGCGGUGGGGGGGGGGGCUCGAGCACAUAAGUCUACAGUCGCCACGUACAGCAAUUUUGAUAGUAAUACUGACUCAGACGAUCCAGUGCGUGUUGUAUACUUUUCACCAUCUCGAUCAACUUUUUAAUGCAUACACGUUUAUUAAAUGGGGAAAAAAACGGGAUACAGUGAAACCGUGGAAUUCGAGGCGCGAAGGGGCGAGGGACUGCUGUACCUCUCUAAUCACUCGAAGGGUCAGUGUAUUUUAGAAUGUACUUUUAAUUGAAUCCUCGAAGGGCGCUUAAUCGCGCAGUGUAAAUACAAUCAGAUUGCCAAUGUACGUUAAACUUUAGAUGCUGUUUUAAAUACUAAACAAUAGAUUUAAGCUUCGAUGAAAAUAAAUCUUCAGCGCACGCUAACCAUUUAAAAUGCACUUAUGAUCCGAUUACUGUUUUGGAAAAAAUAAACUAUAGAAUAUAGAUUUGCAUUUACAUAUUUUUUUUUCCAGGUGGUAUUUUCCAUUUGCAAGCCGGAGACAAAAUUCAGGUGUGUUUUUCCGGACAAGGCUUCAUUGAUUAUGAACCGAAUACUUCAUUCCUUGGACUCUUCAUGUUAGUUUCUCCACAAGAUCAUCACCUUGACGUCGGUGUGUGAGCUCAGUAGCAACUCGGUGUGAAGCAAAGAUGAUCAGUAGGUAGGUCCAAGACCACGGUUUUUAGGAAACUCUCGACGCAUCGUUAAAAAAAAAGAUUUGCAGAGAUAUAUAUACAACUUUAUUUCAUUUAAUUCGCAAAUUUCAUCUGUGUCAAAAAAAUAUUCUUCUGUAUGGUCAAGUCUUUCACUUCAUUCCGUUCGGCAGUACAUCAUACAGCAACAGUCACCAAUGCAACAAACAUCAACCGGUUCGUUGUAAACAAAAGUUUAUUUAACCACAAUUCACAAACCAAGGUUGAUACUUAAUGUUGGAGCAACAAUCGAAUCCUUUCAGCACAACUCUUCAUUUAAUUAACCGCAAUUCCCAAACUAUGUUUGAUACUUAAUUUCUGAGCAACAAUUAAAUCUUCUCAGCACAGCACUUAGCAGUAUUCAAUUCACAACAGUCAAUGUAGCACAUCCGCCAUCCAUCUUCUCUAACACCACUAAAACUAACGCGUCACUUCCAAUUACACAAUUACGUCACAACACUCUCACACAAACGAUACGACUGCACAUAAAAUCUCUAACUAACAUCUUUUCCCUAUCAAACAUGACAACAACGCUCUACACAUAACAACAGUGAUUCUCAUACCCUUGACAAUCUGCCAUAUUUCUCCACAAUGGCACUAAUAUGUGGAAAUGUAUUUUUUUAGCUACAAAUAUUUGUUCACGACUUUAGUUAUAUACUCGGUUUUUCCCAAGGUUAUGGCCUUGGACAUAGCAUCAACAUAUCCGUCUCUCUAACAAAUCACUACGUUUUGGUUGAACCAUUUAGCUGCUCUGGGGACGCUGGGCACGUUAUCCCAUUAGUAAUUUAAGCUGGAUCAUAUAUUAUAUAGUACAACUUGUUGUCUGUCGAAAAUUGUUUCUUUUCUGGUGGGUACCUUAAUACCCUUUAUAUUUCAAGCUAGCUUAAGAAUAGUACGCCUUGGUGUCUAUAUUGAAUAGUACACAUUGGUGUCUAUAUUGAAUAGUACACCUUGGUGUCUAUAUGAAAUGUGUUUACCCAGAUAGCGUGUACCUUAUCACAAUUUUAAUUGCGAGCUUGCUCAUAUUCCCGUCACAUGGUUGACAUAAAAGGAUGAGUAAACGUGUAAAUAAUUUAUCAACUGUGUUAAUUAAGCGAUAAAUACUAAUCAUAUAAGUUUAAAGAUUUGUAAUUCGAACUCUAGAAAUAUUUAAAUUAUUGAAUUAUUUUUUUUUUAUUUCGUUAAGGUUCCAGGAGCAAUUCAACAGGAAGUCCACCCGAGUAGUAAGCUGCGACUUCAUUAGCCUACAACAAGAAUAACAGAAAUACUGACCCUUUCGUUUCGAUGUUGACUGAUUCCAUAGGACUUAAUUGGGAUGAAUUUGAAAAUUCAACUUGAAUAUUUAUCUGAAUUAUUUUUCUGGAGACCAUUUAUUAAGAAUUAUUAAAAUUAGCCCCUUUUUGAAUUAGCUCCUGUCGGGAAUAAUAUUUUAUUUUAAUUCAUAAACGGUGAUGGAUUUGGCGUCGGUGAAAAAUAUUUUGUUCCUUUUAGAGUAAUUUACUUAUAGUUUAUACGACUAUAUUAGUUUCUUUUACUCUAAAUUACAAGAGUUAUUUCAAAUCUGGCAUAAAAUUAUUGAAGAAAAUGUAAAUUUUGAUUGAUACUUUAAUGAAGUAGUUUUCGACAGGAUCCCUAAAUUAGAUGUACGCUUAUGAUGCUUUAGAACGUUUUUUUUUUUUUUAAUUCAGAAUGCCAAACCAAGCGACGAAGGUUAAAGUGAAUAGUAAAAAAUAAAGCAUUCGUAAGCUGUAUAUAAAUUAUUGUUGUAUUACUUUGUUGUAUUUUAAAAAAUAAAAUUGGCUAUCCUAUGAUCAUAAAUAUCUGACAUGUAUUUACUCAAUUUUUAAUUUUUAUAUAUUUUUUUUACAAUUUUGAAGUUUUAAUUCUUUGUACUUAAUAAAUACGUUAUCUUACAGGUCCCACUACAGGACAAAUUUGUCGAUUUCAUAGGUUACAUGUUGUAUAAGAUAUGCAUGUACAAUUUUAUAACAUGUAUAUUUGAAUGCAUACGUAUUGUUUCACUGUGAUAGCACAUUUACACAUUAUUUCGGUGUUAAUGUUAUUCUGUCAUUGGCAUCGAUGUUUAUGUUUAUACAUAAAAUAUAUGUUAUCUCUUUUUAAUUGUUAUACUUUGCUUUUACAAUAGGAUUAAAAAAAUAACAUGUCAUUAAAUUACUAUUUAAAUUAGCAUAAAAGUAACUUAUAUAAAAAAAACAUGUAAUAUUAUGUAAUUUCAAUAAUUAAAUGUGUUUCAAAUGUAGUCUAUUCUAAUAAUUCCCUUGGAUGAGAAGGUUUUUUUUUUGUUAAUUAUAUUAAAUUUAAAAACAUCUAAUUCUCUGUGUCCGGAAAACAGGGAACCCAUUUGAUAAUGAUUGGUUAAGGGAGAGCGCUUCUUCUUCUUCUAUAUAUUAAGGGCCCACGAUCAAUUUAUUGAUCAUUUUGGCUCCUAUGCAUCUAGAGGGGAUUUGCAAUGUUUCUGUGCCUGGGACUGAUGAGGAUAUUUCAAUGAUUACAAGUGCUACUUUGUGAGGGAAUCAUGCAAUGGGAGUUGGAAGACUUGAGGCAAUAGACGCAAAUGUGUCUAGUGUUGUCGCCUCAACUGUUUCUUUUGAAAGCUUGUUCUUGAAGCCUGUGUUAAAGUUGCUGUUGGACACUUCUAACGAAAGCUAUAGUUUUAAAAAAACGUUAUAUGCUGUUAGAGUUUUUGAAUCUUAAAAAAAAUUGAUGAAUAUUUACCAUCUGAUUUUUAACAUUGCAAAAAAAGGUUCCCAUUUUUUUCCCCGGACACAGUAUUGCAUGUUUAUAUCCCAUAUUUUGCAGUAUUUUUAUGAAUAUACACUUUUCACUGAAUAUUUAAAAAAAAUAUAUAUUCUCUUUCUUAUAAAGCCCUGUUUUAAGUGUGCAUGAAAGCUAUUCAAUUGUUUAUUGCAUCAAAUACAUCAUUAUCUAGCUUUAUAAAAUCUUAAAAUUAAUGGCAGGUUUUGAGGAAAACUAUUUCAACAAAAACUAAAAAAAUGAUGCAAAAAAAAACAAAAACACUAUCAAGUAUCUCGUUUGAUCUUGUUUUCUAUCAAUUUUUUUCUUUUAAAGAAUUGUUUGAUUUUUUACUAUAAUCUGUGUUAAGCUUUCAAGAUUUUAUAUGCUAACUCCACAUGAAAUUUACCGAAUUGAACAUUUUAAUUUUACAUAGCUGCUAUAUCUUUUACAGAUUGGUUCUUUCAACUUUCCAACUUUCUUUUCGUUAUGCUGAUUUUUUAAAUUUUUUAAUUUUUUUUUUGUUAAAAGGAAUUGGGCUUAAAAUUUUGUCUGUUA